GACCCCGAUCGGGAUCUCUUCAUCUGAUCCAGACAUCCACAGACCUACCAGACCUGCUCCUGAAAGAGAGUGAUUCUCAUGUGUCAGCCGACAGUGGGAAAGAUGUGGGCUGGUCGCGGGGCAGCUCGAAGCUGGAGACUCAAUGUGUAGUUUCUGAGUGGAGUCGGUGUCGAGGGCUCCUUCGUCGCUGUGCGAGUCGUGGUGAAAGUAGCGUCAGAGCUCAUUACGUGCGACACACGGAAGCGUAGCCGAAACCCCACACGGGGUUCUCAGGGGCAGACGGAAACGCAAUUCUCAGCGUCGCCUUCCCGCGGUGUUUAUCAUCGGGAGCUUCGAUCCCGCAGCACGGACUGCCUGGC